AUGGCCCUGCCACAGCGGGCCCUGACAUUCUUCCUGGCCCUUGCUCCUCUGCUGCUGGCACGGGGACAGACGCAGCGCGGCCCUGUGACUCCGUGGGUACGUCAGGAAGCAGGAAAAUGUAAAAUUCCCUCUGACUGGGAUCCCAAACUGCGGUUUACUCCGAGGAGGAGCGACUAUGCCUUGAACGAAGUGGUGCAGCUCAGCUGUGGUGGGAGGUUUGCACCAUCUGUCCCACAGAUUGAAUGCAUUUCCAGAGGGGCCCAUAUCCAGUGGAAUGAGACUCCCACCUGCAAGGAGAAAUGCCAGAAGCCCCAGUGGGACUCCAGGUUUAUCUUUGACCAAGAACAGGAGAUCUUCAACCCAAAUGAAGUGGUGAAGAUACGGUGUCCUGAGGGGUACUGGCCUCCACCCAUGGAGAUCAAAUGUGUGACAUUGAAGCCAAGGGAAGGUUCCAUGAUUCCUCGUAGUGGUUGGAGCAUGAGGAGUGGCACAGAUGCCUGGCGCCCUGUGAAAGGGAACUUGACCUGUGUGGAUGUCCGCCAGGUUGUCCCUAAGAUCCCGGAGAUUUCCAGCACCAGCAUCAAACUGAAAUGGACCUGCAGGUUCCCUCAUAUAUGCCAGAAUAUUCGGGCCAGGUGCCAGACAGAGUGGCAUUCCUCCUCAGACUGUGAGACUGAGGAGGUGAAGGUAGAGGAGAUGCUGCAAGGCUGGGAGGGAACUUUCAUCUGCUCCCCUCUGCAGCCCUUCACUGUCUACAGUGUCACCAUCUCCCGUCUGCCCAGCACAAUCCUGUAUGCAGACCUCCACACAACAAAGGAAAUGGUGCCAGACAAGCCAGAGAAGCUGUGGGUGGAUACCAGCACAGGGUCCCUCAGGUGGAAGCCGCUAUCCUCCUGCAAAGGGGAGAUCACUGGAUACCAGCUGAACAUCACCACCAUGAGAGCAGAGGACGGCAGCUUCAUUGACUUCAGCCAGGUGUUGGUGAACCAGUCUGUCUCUGAGUAUGUGCCACCUCAUCAGACAGCUGGCAACAAAUACCUGGUGACAGUGCAGGGCCUGACUGCUGCUGGGGCUGGGCCUGCAUCACAACUGGAAUUCCAGACCUACGUCCUGGUUUCAGGGCAGCCUAUGGGCUCUUGGCCUGGGUCAGCAGUCACUGUGGUGGUGGUGGUGGUGCUGUUGAUCCCCUUGUCUGCUGGGAUCAUCUGGUUCCUGCUGUGCAGAAAAAAGAAGGCCUUGCCCAGCAAAGUCGAGGAGGAUCAGUACACAGAGCUCCAGCCCUAUGAGAAUGUACAGGGGGAUAAUUACUGCAUGAUCGAGACUUUUCCUGAGAAAGAUGCAGGUAAGUGUGGCCAGGCUGGAGAGCCAUUACCCCCGCCCCUGCCUGUUCGCGAGAGUCAGCAGUGAGGAAGAAGAGCAGCUGGAGUGGACAUCUGAGGCACUUCUCUUCUCAAGGCUUGGUCCUCCACCACUGGAAGCAUGACAAUGAAUUAUCUCAUGAGUUAUUGCUUCCCCCCAAAAUUUUCUUCUUCAUCAAGCUCCAGAAUCCUCUGCCACACCACAGGAGCAGCUUAAGGCAUGGGUUGACCUCCUCAUGACAGCAAGGAUGUGUCGCAGUAGUUCUACAGUGCUCUGGCAUAGCCAUCUCACCAGCAUCUUGGUGCCUGCAAAUAUUCCCUGAGAAUGGAGGAGCUCACAAUUCCUCUUUCCUACCUGUGUCCUUUUAUCCAUCUAGACCCUGUCCUCUGCUUGAGUUUGGCCUAGCUGUGCUGCCCUGGCCACUGUACU